AAGUGGCGGGGUGACUCGUGCGUUUGCCAGCUGUGAAAAACUGUUGUCCCGCCGCGUGUCACGUCUGUUACUGCCCUGCUCAGUCUGAAAAGCCGACCACAAAAACCGAUCAAUUUCCUUCGGAAAUGGCGACCCACUCAUCGAAUUGAAGCUCUACCCCAAGAUUCUCCCUCAGAAGAACCUUCCUUCCUUCGUCAGUUUUGGACAGCAUCAAGAUUUUGGGAAUGCUUAUGCGCUUUAUGGUACUACAUGUAACAUUACCAAUAGCUCUUGAAGUGUGCAUAAUGUGUUGCUGAAGUAGAAGAUGGCAAAGCACAUUAAACUUGUGGACCAGUCUCAGUUGACUGGGAUCUGUGAAUCCUUUGCCAGGAGCUAGUGAAAGCAUUCAAUAUCCAAGUAAAGAGGAAGGUGGAAAGGGUGAAUCAGCACUGGCUGGGUACAAAACAUUGACUGAAAACCGCCUCAAAUUGACAUAUUAAAUGAAGGGGAUGUUGUCGAGGCAGCUCUCAUCUCUUGCAAUGCUUCAGAAUUAGAUUCUCCCUCAGAAAAACCUUUCGUCAGUUUUGAGUAUCAAGAUUUUGGGAAUGCUUGUGUUUAGUGGUACUACAUACUGGUAACGUUACCAAUAGCUCUUAAAGUGUAAGAGACAACAGUGAAUUAUUGUACUCUUACUUUAAAGAUAAACUUAAAGCCUGUUCAGAAUAUUAGAUUCAUACAUCAACAGUGAAAUCUGGUUGUAGUUCAAGAUACUACUGUAAUUAGUUUAUAACAUUUAUUGGAUAAUCAUUUGUAAACAAUUUUGUGUUGAGGUCUGUCAAUUGAACACAUUCCCAUUACAGAACAGUGUUAUGUGUCAUUGUUGCAUGUUUUUAUGUAUUUACUGAAAAUAUAGAGGUUGAUUUAUGAAACUCCUAAGGAAAUCUUAAAUAAUGCUACUCAGAAAGAAAUGACUAUCUUAUUCUGGAUAGUGUAGUGUGACAAUGCGGCACAUGUGCUGCAAGUGAGUGCUGGUGCUUUGCAAAGCAAGUAGCAUGCACUAGGUUGAAGGAUAUGAAGUGCAGAGCUUGGAUUUCAACCUGUAGCAUAUUGGGGAAAAGAUGUGAACAUUGAAGGACAAAAAGAUAAAAUGAAUCCAGAACAUUCAUGAGAAUGGCCUUUGAGUGUUCUUUGAAACGUGAUGAAAAUUUAUUUAAAAGAAAUUCAGUACUGAUUAAAAUAGAUUCACCAAUUGGAUCAUAUUGAGAAGAAAAUUUUUUGAAUGUUGGACACAUGACAAGAAUGAAUCCAGAACAUUCUUUAGAAUUUCCUUUGAAAAAUGAAACUGAAGUGCAUUAUCACAUCUUCCAUAAAUGAAGAAAACGGCAACAUGGCUACUUUUAAUGAAACCAGUAGUGGUGAUUUUUUGUCUCUGGAACCAUUUAUGGACAUCAAAAUAGAACCUGAGGUAUUCUGUGAUCCUAAUGAAGAUGGUGAGUAUUCAUAUGAAAUGAAUUCAGUAGUGAAUGAAAAAGAAUCACUAACUUGCAAAGAGGAAGUCUGCAAACAAAAAAGAAGGAAUAGUCACAAUGGAGAGAAGCCUUGCAGAUCCACUGAUUGUGAGAAAGCAUUUUACAAGAAAAUUAAUCUUACAAGUCAUAUCACAAAUCGUACCAGAGAUGAAACAUUCAUAUGCAAUGAUUGUGGAGAAUCAUUUUCUAGUAAAAUUACCCUUACAAAACAUAUGAGAAUUCAUACUGGAGAGAAGCCAUUCACGUGCAAAGAAUGUAAGAAGGCAUUUUCCCAGAAAUCAUCUCUUGCACAUCAUAUGAGAAGGCAUACUGGAGAGAAGCCAUUCAUAUGCGAUGAAUGUGGGAAAGCAUUUUCGUGGAAACCAAGUCUUACAGUUCAUAUGAGAAAGCAUACUGGAGAGAAGCCGUUCACAUGCAAGGAAUGUAGGAAAGCAUUUAUCCAGAAAUCGGCUCUUAUACGUCAUACGAGAAUGCAUACUGGAGAGAAGCCAUUCAUGUGCAAUGCAUGUGGGAAAGCAUUUCCCAGGAAACAACAUCUUACAGAGCAUAUGCGAAUGCAUACUGGAGAGAAGCCAUUCAUCUGCAAGGAAUGUGGGAAAGCAUAUUCCUGGAAACCAGAUCUUACACGUCAUACGAGAAUUCAUACUGGAGACAAGCCAUUCACGUGUAAGGAAUGUGGGAAAGCUUUUUCCAAGAAACCAAAUCUUACAGUUCACAUGAGAACGCAUACUGGAGAGAAGCCAUUCAAGUGCAAGGAGUGUGGGAAAUCAUUUCCCGUGAAACCAGAACUUACACGUCACAUGAGAAUUCAUACUGGAGAAAAGCCAUUCAUAUGUAAGGAAUGUGAGAAGGCAUUUUCCAUGAGUCAUCAUCUUACACGGCAUAUGAGAAUUCAUACCAAGACCUAAAGAAUGACCUAAAAAGCACGUGGGAACUGAAGGAAAUGGAAAUAAUACCUGAGGUGGUAGGGGCAACAGGACUUGUACAGAAAAACCUGAGAAAAUAUCUUCAGGCAAUACAAAGUUGCCCAAGUAUAAAUGAGGUGCAGAUUGCUGCCCUCAAAGGAAUGGUAAACACCCUGAAAAGAGCCCUUGGAUAUAAGGUUAGUGGAAUAUUGAGGUGCAACCAUAGACCCCAGGCUGGGGGCCCAUUGCACCCCUGAUUUAAAUUGAAAAUUAAAAAUAAGUCGGAAAGAAGCCAUUCAUUUGCAAAAAUGUGGGAAACCAUAUUCCAGGAAACAUCUUAUGGUUCAUGAGAAUUCAUGCAGGAAAGUAGCCAAUUAAAGUAAACCCUCAAUUAUGUAAUGUAAUAGUAGACCUAAGGCUCUUGUGGAGAUAAAAAAUUUGUGGAAAAGUAAUGCUUUGCUAGGCCGCUAGGACUGUCUACGCAAUUACCUGUUUCUCAUCAGGUGGCGUUGGAUUGUGUACAUUCUUUCUUCAUGCCGUGUCCUUAUACAUUCAGUGUGAAUCGGCAUUUAGUAAUAAUUUUGAUGAUUUCUGACUCAUCUCCUUUACAGUAUUAUGCCUGCUUUCUGUUUUUGCAUUAUGUCAUCUACAACAAGCAUAGAUGAAAGCUUUAAGCUAUAUAGGAAAGAGUUUUGUAAACCAAAUGGUUUGAUGUGCAUGACCAUGUAGCCUUUGUUAGCCUAGCUGUUGAGGCACAAGUGUGGUUUUCUGUAUGUGGAGAUGUUGAGUUGGCUGAUGAGAGGAUGAAAAUUUUGUGAAGUAAUGAAGAUGCUAGUUUAUUUAGACAAUUCAUUAGGGCAUACCAUAAGCUUACCCAGUCUUUUACUUUUGUCGUCUGGUGUAGCUUCUCAUCCAUCAUUAGCCUACCUGGUAGCCUGGAUUAAUUCUUCUCUCACUCUUUCUACUGUGCCUUUUGCUGUCUGUAGCCAGCCCUCUGGGUCUGUUGGUCUUCUGUUGUCUUCUCCUCAGACAGAGACCAUGACGUCUUGAGCCAAGGUCUACUAUGCCCUUCACCACCACCUCUGGCGUGAUAGGUACGUGUGUGAACUGUAGAGUUAUUUAGGGAUACAGACAUUUAUGUUUGCCCCGGCAGGUCUGAGCUCGGCAUCAGUUCUGUUAUUGUUUUCACACCUGGUAUUGUCCUCCAAGCGGGAUGACCUUCCCCUGCUCUUAUUUAGUUUUCCCUGUUUUGCCUCGGAUUUGUCACCUUAUGACAAUUAUCCCUUCUUGUAAUAGGGGGCUCUUCCUCUUCCGCUGCUUAAAUUUCUAAGGUGAGUUAGCCUGGUGAUGAAACAGCUCCUCCUGGUUAUUGCCUCUGUAAGUGUUGUGCAGACGGCACCGACUGUCGUCACACACCAACUCCAACUCCCAACUGUUGUUUGGUAUUGAGUGGUCAUGAAGAAUUCUGAAAAUAAUGUGAACAUUACAAUGCCAUCUACUGGGAAACAAAUGAUUACAGAGGUGGUCCUAACUGGUUAACCAAGCUUAAUUUUCUUUCUAUUUUAUAUGCCAAUCGCACCUUGUUGUGCAAAGAUAUUAGCUAACUUUAACAGAAUUAAGUAUCCAAAGAAGUAAUUGUAUUAUGAAAAUUAUCAUUUUGUUCUAUAUUUUUUUUUUUACCUGUUUUGUGACUACGGUACUAUACAGUAUAUGCUUAUAAACAAUACAGAAUACACUACAAUAAUGUACACAAUGAAAACCAAACUGCACAAUAGCACUAUUAACUGAAUAAGUGUAUACAAAAAUUAUCAAUGAAAUAUUUCUCUCUCUCUCUCUCUCUCUCUCUCUCUCUCUCUCUCUCUCUCUCUCUCUCUCU